GCAGUGCAUCACCAUGUUCAGGAAUUGGUGCUUCGUCGUCUGGGUGGGCACGCUGCUGCUGGGCUGCAAUCACAUUCAAAGCAAAUACAUCAAUUCGUUUGCUGGUUGAUACAUUAUCUUCCUGUGCUCGGUAAACGUCGUGUCCCUCAGACGGCACAGCAGUAAUGCACAUUCGUACUACGCAUUUCAAUCCCUCAAGACCUUUCGACCUGCAGAUCGCUACAACUAAUUUGUCACUGAAAGUAGACGUUGCGGACCACUUUUGGCUUGUUAGCUUUUCGGUGACGGGGCCAAGAGAGCGGAAAGAGAACGCCUUCCAUUUUAAGUUCCCCAACGUCGGAUGUUCAGUGAUUCGUGCCCAUGCCCCAGGCAUCUUCAGUAUCAUUUCAAAACAUACCGGGGCGUCUAUGGACAAGAAUGAACCGUGCUUCAUUCCAAAGGGAGAGUACUACAUGACCGAGCCGGUGAACAUGACCUUCCCAUACUUUCCAAUGAUGGUUUACGGGCGUUACCGUCUACACCUCCAAUGUCGAGAUGCACCAAAAUUACCAGUAAAGUUCUGUGGGUACAUGGACUUCGAAAUCAUCCCGAGGCCGGGCUAG